AUGACCACCGCCACCGACAACUUCCUCUCCCCCUACCGCUCAGACGGCAAGCUCUACGGCUUCGUCUGCAUAGUAACGGGCGCAACCCACCCCAUCGGCCGCGCAAUCGUCACUGAGCUUGCAGCCCACGGAGCAGCAUGUGUCUACGCCUGCUCCUCGUCGCCGAGGGAAGACUUCAAUAGCUUGGAAGCCGAAGUCAACAAAGAGUCUCCGAACACGAAGGUGAUAGGAUAUCCGUUUCACCUGGCGAACGAGGAGGAUACCUUGAUGUUGAUUGAUGAUGUGUUGAAUAGCUGGGGAAGGUUAGACAUCUUCGUAACAUCCUCCUCCCUCCUCGGCCCCUCGUCGAUAACAGACACUACCCCAUCCGACCUCCUCAAACUCUUCGAAGCAAACGCUCUAAUGCCCUUCCUCGCACUCAAAUAUGCUCCCGCAGCUAUGGCCAAGACAUCUCCAAAGGGUACAUAUCCCAACGCACAACCCAAAGACCGCGCCUAUGGUAGCAUCAUCGUAGUCUCGUCAGUGGCGUCGACAUUGGGAAGUUGCUGGGGUCCGGCCUUUACAAUGUCCUCACAUGCCGCACUGGGUCUCGUCAAAUCUGGCGUUGCGGCGUUGAAGGGAACGGGAGUGAGGAUCAAUUGUGUUUCGGCUGGACAGAUUGACGUUGGUGUGCAUUUUCAGGAUGAGCAUAGCAAGGAGACAAAUGAACUGGAAAGGGCUGGCGUGCCAAAUGAAGUGGCAAGAGCAGUGGGAUUUCUCGCUAGUGGAUUCUCAAGCUAUGUUACCGGCACCAACCUCGUAGUGGAUGGUGGCAGCAGUGUGUCCAAUCCACAGGUCGUGCCAGUGGCGUAG